AUGACCGCCACGACAGAACCGCCUGCGUCUCCGGCUGGAAGCACCGACAUUGAGGCGUUCCGUGACAACCUCAUCUCAAAGCUGGACUCGAUCAUCGCAGACCUGGCCAGUCUCAAUGGGCAAGAGACUCACUUGCAAAUAGAGGCAACCCUCAUCCCCAAGAACCGCAGCCGACGAAACAGCAACCGCACUUUCGUGUUGGGCACGGUUGAUAUUGGGCAGUGGAAGUCGCCAUCCCCGGAAAGCAUCCAGUCCGAAGCACGAGAUCUUGCUGUCCAUAGAUCAAGCCGAUCGCCGCAGCGCUCACUCGAUAUCCCUCCAACGAGUCCGGUGCAAGCACAAGAUGCCACCCAGCCCUCGCUUCCAGAUGAUCACACUUUGGCUAAUCAAGGCCGCAUUCGGAGGAAAGUAGUUGGCGGACUACGUCUUGGUGGUAACUUAACACCACGGGAACGCACACCAUCACCUCCUGGUACACGCCAGCUAGCGUCUGACCAAAGGAACUUUCCUAAAAGGAGACGGCUGGACAAUGAAGGACCUGCCAAGCUACAACCCUCGACGGUCGACAAGCUAAUCGAAGGUAUCUGGGAGCAAAUUCACACUCCCAAUAUCCUGGUUGUGCCGCCUGAUAUCAGUGAUAUUAUUCGACCCUUACGACCAGCAGCGAAUCUUUCGUUGGACUUCACCGAUGUCAGCCGCCGAUGUCGCAUCUUGACCGGUAUUAGUCGCACCGCAAGAUCCAUCGAAGUCAUGAUGCAGGCUCAUUGGGUCGACUGCUACUAUUCGCGCAUUGACGCACUCACAGAGCAGCGCCCGGACCUACGGCCGCACGAGCACAAGAAGAUUGUCAUGACAGAAGCCUGCUCAACGUUUGAGUGGUCCGAGAAAGACCUGAGGAAUCGCAUGGGUAUCUGGAAGGGUUACCGUGAGAUCAAAGAUGCAGCAGGAUGGUCGGCGCUGACCUUUGCCGGGCCCGGCAUCUAUCGCUUCUGCAAAUAUCGCAUGGGCUUUGACGAAGAAGCCAUCGGCAAGCUGAGGUCGCUACGAACACGUUUCGAAGUCGCCGCCGACACCCUACAACCUCAGUGGCGGCAGACUUUGAGUCUGGUGGGGGUCUCGACUCAGCGCGUAUACCGAGGUCAUCCCCACGACUGGGUGGUUAGCAAGAAGAAGGAUCCUGUCCCGCUACCCGUGACCUACCGACAUUUGAGCCAGCCCUUCGUGUUUGAACAUGUACGGAUUUCGGUCAUUGAUGUGGGCGCCUGGGGGACCUAUGAUCCCCGAAGAGUGGAGAACGGCCCUCACUAUCUUUGCGCUCUAUGCUCGAAGCCACAGUCGGAGCUACCCGAGAAGAACGAAUGCGAGUGCUUUGCGGACCUCUUCGGCCCCAAUGCCAAACAGCUCUGUCCUGUUCAAGUCUUCAACACGGACGACGCUCGCAAUAACGGCCUGAUGGCUUGCUGCUCAUUCGACCGUGGCGCGCCCAUCGGUGAGUUCCUUGGGCUAGUCACCAAGGACUUGCAGGAUGUGGACGUUAUGCAGGGCCAAGGUGCGGCGGGCGUACAAUAUCAGAUCUACCAAGGGGCCAUGGGGAAUUUCACCAAAUUCAUCAACCACAGCUGCAACCCCAACAGCCAGCUCGAGCAAUUUGUGUGGCUGGGUAUUCAGCGCACAAUCGUCGUCUCCAAGGGAAUUGCGGCGGGCAAGGAAGUGACGGUGGAUUAUUCCGGUCGGUACUGGCGGAGGCUGUCGAAGACGUGCCUUUGCGGUGAGGCGUGCUGCCGCUACAAGGAGCGAUGA